CCGGAAGUGAUCUGGGGCGGCUGCUGCAGAGCGGCCGGGAGGAGGGUGGGUCUCCCCAGAGCGGAGCGCAGGAGUCCUCCUCCUCCGCUGCCCAGGCCGCCGCCGCCCUCCCGACUCCUGCCGCGCUCCGCGCGGAACUCCGAGCGCAGAGCCGAGCGCGGUCCGAGCGGCGCAGCCGAGGCCCGAGAGCCCGUGGGGCGAGCCGCUCGCGGUGCAGAUUCUUCUUAAUCCUCUGAAGACUCUGGGAAACAGGAUGGCUGCAAAUAAACCCAAGGGUCAGAAUUCUUUGGCCUUACACAAAGUCAUCAUGGUGGGCAGUGGUGGUGUGGGCAAGUCUGCCCUGACUCUGCAGUUCAUGUAUGAUGAGUUUGUAGAGGACUAUGAACCUACUAAAGCAGACAGCUACCGGAAGAAGGUAGUGCUGGACGGGGAGGAGGUGCAGAUCGACAUCUUAGAUACAGCUGGGCAGGAGGACUAUGCUGCAAUUAGAGACAACUACUUCCGGAGUGGGGAGGGCUUCCUCUGUGUCUUCUCUAUCACAGAGAUGGAAUCCUUUGCAGCCACAGCUGACUUCAGGGAGCAGAUUUUAAGGGUAAAAGAAGAUGAGAAUGUUCCGUUUCUCCUGGUUGGUAACAAAUCAGAUUUGGAAGAUAAAAGGCAGGUUUCUGUAGAAGAGGCAAAAAACAGAGCUGACCAGUGGAAUGUUAACUACGUGGAGACAUCUGCUAAAACACGCGCCAAUGUUGACAAGGUAUUUUUUGAUUUAAUGAGGGAAAUUCGAGCCAGGAAGAUGGAAGACAGCAAAGAAAAGAAUGGAAAGAAGAAGAGGAAAAGUUUAGCCAAGAGAAUCAGAGAAAGAUGCUGCAUUUUAUAAUCAAAGCCCAAACUCCUUUCUUAUCCUGACCAUACUAAUAAAUGUAAUUUAUAAGCAUUGCCAUUGAAGGCUCAAUUGACUGAAAUUACUCUAACAUUUUGGAAAUUGUUAUGUAUCACUAAAAGCAUGAAUUGGAACUGCACUGGAAGUCAAAUUCACUUAAAAAGAAAUUGUGUGGCUUCACCAAGAAGUGAGCUCAACUUAUUUCAUAAUUGCCUACAUUUAUCACAGUCCUGAAUGUAGCGUGUAAGCUUGUUUUUUUUGGGGGGGGGGGGGGGACAGUCUUUCUUGAACUGUUAAUCAAGACGUGAGAUGUGGUGGGGUGGGAGGAAUGGCCACUUCCUCUGGUGUUUAUUAUAAAGCUUAAAUUUUAUAUUAUUUUAAAAUGUCUUGGUCUUCUACUGCCUUGAAAAAUGACAAUUGUGAACAUGUUAACUGUACCACUUUUUCAACUGUUGUUAUGCAAAUCUAGAAGAAGAAGUUACUGGCAUGGUUGUUGCAUAUAGUAAAACUGGGAGUAAUUCAUCCGCGAAUCUGCAUAUUACCUGGUAAUUAACCUAGAAAAAUGGUGUGAACUUAUACAUGGACAUUUUUGAAUAUGCCUUAAUUUAGAAACUGAAAAUAAUCCAGUUACAUCAUUCUGGGUGUGCUUUCACUAGCACUUGGGGCCACUCACUGCCCACAUGACUAGUAACAGGUUUUAUCUUGCCAGGCAGUGUAGAGCUACAAGGAAGAUUCCUGAGAAAUGUGUGUCUGCUAGGAGUCUGACCAAAUUGAUGAUAUGUGCCAUACUCUGGUUCUUAGAGUUCCAGAGCUCCUUCAUUGAUUUUAAUAAACUAUAAGGUAGUUAAAGAUGAAGGGCCAGCAUAUAUUUAUACUAUGAUUUUAGAUUAUGGACAUGAGUACCAAUUAAGUUUGAGUGAGUGCUCCUUUUAUGUAGGAUACUGGUCCGCAGUAAUCACUUUCUACAAGUGAUAUGCACUGAAGUGUUUCAUCUCCUGGAAGCAGGGCAUAGGGAAGACCAUCAGGAGAGCUAACGUGGUUUGUACUAGGACACUUGAGGAAAGAAGCUUACCACCUGUCAGUUCUAAAUGUGUACUCAUGAGGUUACAGUCUGGGCGUUAGGAGGAGUCUUUGUAGUCUCUUUAUGUUCAUAAUGAAUACUGUACCUAUAUUUCCUAAGGUUAACAUGAAGCAGUUGAACAUGUUUGGCACACUCUGACCAAAUGUCAGGCUGUGAUGUUUCUGCUGCAAGAAUUCAAGCAUGCUGUUAGGAAAAUAAUUUCAAUGGGAAGUAAACCACUAUUAGAUUUUUCUUUUCUCUGUGAGGCUAAGACACUUGAUUGAACAGUUUUUCUUGCUGCAUAGUCCUAAUUUCAUCAGGUCAAAGAAUUGCUCAGGCAUUCCAGGAAACAAGUGUAUACAUGAAGUUACCAGAGACAGGCAUUCAGGAACUCUGCUGCCUAGAUACUACAUUCAGCAUAUCAUAAAUAUUUGUCCUUAAAGGGUUUGAUUUAAUAUUUUCACAGGCUAGGCCAUGUGCAAAAUUAGAGUUCCCUGUGUAACCCCAGCCAGCAGGCCCAGCAUGGCUGCGUAUGUUCAGUGCAGUCUUGUUGAGCCAGGGUCCUAACCACUAACAUUGCAGUUUGCUUUGAGACCUUUCCCUCUCCUGGGUACUCGGUGCUAUGAAGCCAGCUGACAGAGAUGCAUCACAUGUCUUAGGCUGAUGCCACUACCCGGUUCAUUUAUUUGCAAUUUGAGCCAUUUAAAGACCAAUAAACUUCCUUUUUUAAAAA